AUGGUGCAAUGUGACGAGUGUGAUGUGUGGUAUCAUUAUGACUGCGGAAGUGUGGACGACAGUGUUGGUAAUCGUGAUUGGAGCUGUAACGGGUGCGUGAGAACAGUCUUGGAGAAACAGAGGUAUGCGUUGAGCGAGCAGUUGGAGCAUCUUGAUCAGCAGCAGAGGAAGUGGCAACGAGAGCAGCAGGAGCACCUGAGACAACUAGAAGAACGGCAGAAGCUAGAGCAGCAACAGGAACAACCUGAGUGGCAGCAGAGAAAGCAGGAGCAGUUCGAUCAAUUGCAGAUAGGACAGUUGCAGUUGCAGCAACCGAGCGAGCGCGAGGGAGUAGCUACAAUGGAGCUUGAAGCACCUCCAAGAUAUCUGGGUGCCGUGUCGAAGCACCAGGAACAGCGUCAUAUCCAGGUUGUGGAUAAAACGGUUCCCGAAGGAUUUGUAACGAAUGAACGACGGAAUGUUGACCUAUUGGCAAGUUCGACCGCCAACAACGCGAGACCAUUAGACAAGUUAGUCAAAGCUUCUUCGAAGGCAUCAAUCCGGUCAUUGAAACUUCGAGAUUUGCAAGCGAAAGCCCUGGAAGCCAGACAAGAAUUAGAGAGAAAGCAGCUGGAAGAGCGGUUGGCGUUGGACCGUGAGAUGUUGGAGAUUAGCGAUUCUGAAGAAGAGUCGAUCACAAGUAUAGCAAAGAUCAACGAGUGGUUGGAUAAAACGAAGAACAUAGGACGGGAAGCGAGAUAUUCUUCGGAUGAUAUUCCGUUACCGGUGUACGACGAGCUUUUAAGGAAAGCUAUUGUGUCAUCGAGCCGCUUCAGCCUUUCGUCGUCCCACAGCAACUUGCUGCGAGCUACUAUUGGGCAACCGACACUGCUCACAUCAACUCCGCGGCAGAAUCUUAUUUCCGCUCAGCAGCAGAAUCAGCAACCGAGGUGCAACGAUCCAGUACCGUCGAAUAGUGGCCAUCUAGCGGCGAGACAAACGGUGAAAGAUCUACCAAAGUUUGGCGGCGACCCAGAAGAUUGGCCGCGAUUCAUUGCGGCGUACGAGCGCACUACAAAAAUGUGCGCAUUUCGAAAUGACGAGCUACUCGAUCGCCUGGAACGGAGCUUGCAGGAUUAG